CAUAAAUCAAUCAGCAUUUCCCAUAAUUAAUAAUAAAAACACAUUGGAGUGUCCAAAAGAGUGUGCACCCGGUAGCCAUUUGUGUAAAGCAACCGAUUGGUAACCAUGUCGUUAACGGAUAAGGAAUAUUAUAAUUUGACCAUCAGCAUUUCCAAAGCGCUCAGCAAUGUGGAGAUGCCAAUCAAAGUCAAGCACGUGCGUGCGGCCAUCAUCGGCACGUUCCACAGCAAUGGUGGGCACGCGUUCUGGGCCAUCGCCAUCCGGCAGCCGAUACAGGAUAACCGGAUAGUGGCGUGGAAGUUUUGUCACCUGCUGCACAAGAUCCUGCGCGAGGGUCAUCACCUGUGCUGCCAGCAUUCCAUGCGGCACCGGGUGAUGCUGCAGGAGGCAGGCAAACUCUGGGGCCACCUAAACGACGGCUACGGUAUAUGCAUCAAGCACUACACGAAGCUGCUCGUUACGAAGUUGGAGUUUCACGAUCGCAAUCCGCGCAUUCUUGGCCACCUAUCGUUGAAGCAGGGAGAUCUGGAGAAGAUUGGUGAGGGUGACAUCAACGUGUACUUCCAAUUGGCCGUAGAAAUUUUCGACUACUUGGAUGAUAUCGUAGCAUUGCAAGCUACAAUAUUUAAUUCCAUCACGACGUUCUGUGUGAGCUCAAUGACUUCCGCCGGUCAGUGUCGGUUGGCUCCAUUGAUUCCCUGCAUUCAGGACUCGAAUCCGCUGUACGAUAUCCUCGUGCGCGUCAUGUUCAAGCUGCACGCGAAUCUACCGUCGGACCUACUGACCGGCCAUCGGCAACGGUUUAACACACUGUUCCACCAGCUGAAGUCCUUCUACAACCAGUCGCGUAAUUUGCAGUACUUCGUCAAUCUUAUCACCGUACCGAAGCUACCGGAAGCACCACCAAAUUUCCAGCAGCAAAGCGACCUUGGCAACUACCAGGCACCAGUCGUCGUGAUGCCGGAUAGUGAUCCAAUCGACAACGAACCGGAACCGCCACUGCCGGCGGUGGACAACCUGAUCGACACGGCCGAGGCGGCCCCACCGAUACCGGAGCUACCACCGCACCACAAUAAUCACCACCAGCAGUCGGCGCCAGCCGUCGUGCCAGUGGCACAAGUGAUGGAGCUGGAGCGACUGAUACAAGAACGGGACGAUCUAAUUCGGCACCUGCAGAUGGAAACGCAGCGACUCUCGAAUCACCUGAAGGUGAUCACGGUCGAGCAAAGGGAUGUCCAUUGCCGCAUGGAGGAGCAAAUUGCGACGCUAAGCGACCAGCUGACGCAAAGCCAAGGCGAACUGACGAACCUACGGUUUCAAAAAGAAGAAUUGGAAUUACGCGCCCAAACGGCGCCAACGCUGGAACAGCGUGCCCAGGCGGAAGAGGAACGUGCGAAGGCAAGUGAGGAGAAGUUCCAGAAGCUGAAAACUAUGUACACGCAGAUUCGAGAUGAGCACGUCAAUCUACUUCGCCAGCAUGGUGAAAUUAGCAAGCAGUUGGCAACUUCCACAAAGGCAGUGGCUGAGGCAAGCAAAGCCAAGGAGGAACUGCAGUGUCAGCUGGAAGAGCUCGAACAGAAGCAAGCUCUCGUGCAGAACGCGCUCCAGCAAAGCUCGAGCGAUGCUCGCCAGGAACAGGAAGCUGUACGGGAGCAGCUGCAAACCAUGACACAGAAGUGUGAGGCACUGCAACACCAGUACGACGAGAUGGAAGCAUCCCGUCAAGCGGAAAUUGCCGCGCUUCGUAUCAGCCUGGAACGGCUGGAAGGUGAACUGCAGACAUUCCAGCACGAUCACGAAACCCUGUCCACGGAGAAGGGAAACUUAGAAGGUCAGCUUGCCGACAUGCAGAGUGAAAAGGAAGAGCUUCUGCUCAAGUAUCAAGAGUGCAUGGCGAAAGUGGAGGCCCUCGAGCUUAAGACUGAUCAUUAUGCCAAGGAGGAAGCAUCACUGCAGCAAAGCAUGAGUGAGAAUGUGCAUAAAACGCAAGAACUUUCCGACCAAAUCGACCAAUUGCGGGCGGAAAAUGGCGCACUGGAACAAAAAUGUACCGAACUGGAAGCAGCCAAGGCAGCGCAGCAGGAAGAGUUCAACCGUACGCAUGAAGCGGAGCUGCUUCGUUUCGAUUCCUUCCAGGCGGAAAUGAACGAAAAAUUGACCGGGCUCUCCGCCGAGAAGGAAAACAUUGCUGGCGAGCGUAAGCAAACACUGGAGCAAUUGCUUCUGCUCCAAACUGAUUCGACGCAAAAGCAGUCGGAUUUCGAGUCACUCGAAAAAGAUUUGAAGUCGGUCAUCGAGCAGAAGGACCAUGAGUUGAACGAGCUGAACAAUAGCUAUCGGGAGCUGCAGGAUAAAUAUCAGGCUCUUGAUGCAAAUAUGGAGCGACUGCUUUCCGAAAAGGAAACGAUCGAAUCUGAUCUGCAAGAUUUGCUUCAUCAACAGGAGGAAUCGGAACAGAAGCUACAGGAUGCCCGGGCAAAGGUGGCCAGCAUGGAGACGGCAUUGAUCGAUAGUAAAAUCAUUGGCGAAACUGCCCUCCGCGCACUGCUCGAGGCGUGCAUUAAGUCGUCGGAGAAGCUCACCGUCCGGGCGAUCGGUGAAAACGAGAUGCCGGGUGCGGGCGGUACCCCCACCUACUUCCUGAUGAUAGCCGAAGAGUUACAGGAGGUGCUGACGAAGUUGAAGAUGGUGCAUGAGAACUAUCUACAGGAUAAUUCUACGAAUGUUGAAUCGUUGGCCCGCAAAGUGAUUAUUGGCGCCCAUCUUCUCGCGUCGGCGCACGUGCAAGGAAUGACUAUCUGCAAUCGAUCGGCAAAUAUUGAAAGUGGCGAACGCAUCGCAGACGAGAUAAAGAAACUUGGACAGUCAAUUACCCAGCUGUUCCAGUCGCUACAAAAAACCAGCGAAUCUAGCAUGGUCAGCGAGCGGAUUACGGAUCUAAAGCAAAAGCUGGAAGAAGUAACUACGAUGAUUGUAGACUUGGGCAAGCAAACCGAUGGCACCGAAAACCUCGGGGACAUGGUCGAAACCGAGCUGAGCAGUAUGGAUAAGGCGAUCGAAGAGGCCGCUGCUCAAAUUCAGGAAAUGCUUUCUAAAUCUCGUGCUUCGGAUUCCGGAAUAAAACUGGAGGUGAACGAAAAAAUUCUCGAUGCCUGCACGAGCCUUAUGCACGCGAUCCGUGUGCUCGUGCAAAAAUCACGUCUGCUGCAGUCGGAAAUUGUUGCCCUCGGCAAGGGUACCGCUUCGGCAAAGGAAUUCUACAAGCGUAACCAUCAGUGGACGGAGGGUUUGAUUUCGGCCGCGAAAAGUGUGGCACAGGGUGCCAAUUUCUUGGUUACGGCAGCAAACAAAACGGUGGCCGGAGGCGCCAAACACCAGCUGGAUUUGGUAGUCGCUGCGCAGGAGAUUGCCGCGUGUACGGCGCAGCUGGUCGUUGCUAGCCGAGUCAAGGCUCCACGGUCCAGCAGCAACCUUACGGCGCUCGGUACGGCAUCGAAAAAUGUUACACAAGCCACCGGCAUCGUCGUCGCGACCGCCAAAGACUGCAGCCAACGGUUGGAGGAUUCGCAGGACUUGGAUCUUGGGACGCUAACCGUGCAUCAGGCCAAAACGAAGGAAAUGGAGAUACAGGUUAAGGUACUGGAACUUGAACAGGCACUGCAGGUCGAACGCAUGCGACUAGCUUCAUUCCGCAAGAAAAACUAUCAUCAACCGGUUGAGGAAUAGCCGACUGGCCAACAGCAAUUGAAGAAACAUACCCUGUACCUCCAUUAUACGCUUUAUUAGACUAGUACGGGCUCCCGGGUUCGCAUAUUUCAUCACCAUUCAGUUCCGUCAAUCUAAGAAUUGGCAGAAAAUGCUACCUAAAGCUCGUGAAUCUGCCCCUGUGUGAACAGCUAUGGGUGAGUCGUACCAUUCGGUUCAGUUAUGUCAUUUGUGGCGUAACCGUGUAGUAUUUUAAAGUAUGCACGCGGAAUUUGAUAUGAUUGUUUUUCAUGGAGCUGAGGAAUUACUUCAACAGAUUGCGGCUUAUAUCGUAUAUAAUAUAAAAUAUCAGUAUCUGAGUAAAACACGCAACUGUCAGCAUACAUCGACAUUAAGUGAGACUCUAGCUAAAGCUUCAUCGAUCGCUAGAGCGGUAAAAAACAUUGUUAAUUUAUUAAGUUUCUACACACAUCGUAUGAUACCAUAAGGAAUCGUUAUGUUGAACCUGUAAUUUUACGUGCAUAUUUGGAAAUGAAAUAAAACACACGUUCUAUACCAAUAC